GGAUCUUUAAAAUUCAAACUAAGUUCAUUGUAAAUUGUUUAUUUUUUCCAAAUUCACGAUUAUAAGAAUUUUCUCUUAUAUUUAAGUAAAUACUAGGUCUUUAAUUAAUCUAAUUAAGUGAUUGUAUAAAUCAGAACUGACUGUUUUGCUGGAUUUAUUUAAAUAAUGAGUUUAGUGAUUCGGAAGAACAAGGAAAAAAUGGAUCCUACUGCAGUGUUUUGGCACAAAAUCGAAAGAGUAUACGGCGAAAUUCCAAAACUAAUCAGAAUGAUCCUUGAAUUCAAUGGAUUUGAUACAUAUUUGGCAUUAAAAGGAAUACAGUGGGACGAUAAGCAAUAUUUCUUUGAAGCACUUGAAGAGUCAAUCACUUCAUUAUCGGAUUUAGAUGACGGUGAUCAUUUAAAGCAGUCAUUCCAGGAAGAACUUCGAGCUAAUAAUCAGAUUAUGGAAAAGUUUCGAUUGAAGCUUGGACAUAAGAAUCUAAUCAUUAAUUUGUGCAAUGAACUCCAAAAAACUCAAAUUGAUGACUUUAAUAAUGCAACAUACGCGACUAUAAAGAUUCCAGACUUUAAACGAGAACAAACAGAACUAAUUGUUAGACAGAAGCAGCCAGGCGAAGAGCAUGGAUACUCACGAGACGAUAAUAAUGAUGAGGAACAUUUGCUGGAAUCGCCACAAAGAAAACGUAUAAAAUAUGAUAGUAUUGGAAGUAAAAGUGAAUUACAGGAAGUAGCAUCGCCAGAAACAAAUGAACAGAUUCAAUACAUUUAUGAGACUGAGGAAGACGAUGGAAGUCAGUUUAUUGAUCAAGAAUAUGUUGAUGAUGAAGGAGAAAUUGUUGAAUAUCAAGAAAUAUCACCAGAAGAUAUUGACCAUAAUAAUAGUAUUUAUUCAGCAGAACAGAUUGUUAAAACAGAAGCUGGAAGUUAUGAGCAAUGUUUUGAGAUCUCUGACUAUGAACAACAUUCGCCUGGUCUCAUGAAUCGCUCAAUGGACAUGAAAAGUUCAAAGAAACCAAAGCACAUGUACACAGAAGAGUUCCUACAAAUGCAAAUUGGACAUGGACGUGUUGGAACUCCGGGUCGUAGAAGACCAAAAAUACAGAAAAACUAUCCAGACACAGAAGAAGGAUUGAUGGAAAAAUGGAAGGAUCUAGUUCGUCAAAGCUGUGAAGUCAUAGUUCCAACAGACCUCCUUAAUCGAUUUGAUUUGGAACAGAUUGAUAUUGUUAAAAUUCAAAAUAAUAUUUGGGAAGUCAAGUGUCCAAUGUGUACUAAGAAACUGCGUCUACAGCUUACUCAUGAAGGCAAGUAUGUCAACUUUAAGCGAUCAAACUUUGAGCGGCAUCUUCGCAUAGUUCACUACAAGCAAAUACUAGUAUUUAAAGCAGAAGAGGACACUUCAGAACUACUUGAAGAUCAUGCUGAAUAGAUAAAUAUCCAUCACAUAUUUUAUUAUUGUAUAUUAUAGCUGUAAUAUGAGUAUAUAUCAAUAAAUAAAUUUUUACUGG